AUGGACGACUCAGAUAGUAGUGUUGAAGAAACCAUUGUCAUGUUAAAUAUACGUCAACUAAAUAAUGAUGAGGAAAAAAUAAAAAACUUAAAUAGAUUGAGAAAGAAAAAAGGAGAAAAAAUAUAUAUGGAAUCUGACCAUGGAUAUGAUAAUAAAAAAAAAAAUGAAGAACAAAAUGUCGAUGAGAUAACCAAAAAUGAAGAACAAAAUAACGAUGAAAUAACAGGGAAUAAAAACAAUUAUAAAAAUGAUUGUAAUGAUAAUAAUUCUUGUAAUACAGAUUUUCAUAAUGAUAUAAAAAAUAAUACAAAAAAAGAUAUGGACAAUGAAAAUAAUAAUAUGGAUAAUAAAAUUUGUAUAGAUAAUAUUCCUUUAGAAAUUAAUAAUAUAACAUUAAAUAAAUUAUUUGAUGAAUGUCCACAAUGUAUUAUAAAUAAGAAAUAUAUUUUUAAAGGUAUACAUACUAGUAGUAUAGGUACAAAUUUGUUUUUUAAGGAACCAGAAAAUCAUAAAAAUUUAACAAAUGAUACCAAAUCAGAUUUUUCAUCUAAUGAAAAUAUUAAUAUAAAUAAACAAAAUGCAAAUAAAAUAACUAGAGAUGAUUUCUCAACAUAUCAAGGAUACUCUACAAAAAUUAUUUCCUUCGAAAUAGAUUACUAG